UCGUCCCGGGAGCAGAGCGAGUCGGCGGAGGAGGCUUUGGCAGCGGCGGGCGACAUGGACAACGCAGGGAAGGAGCGAGAAGCGGUCCAGCUGAUGGCGGAGGCCGAGAAACGAGUGAAAGCCUCCCAUUCCUUCCUCCGAGGGCUGUUCGGAGGGAACACGAGAAUAGAAGAGGCAUGUGAAAUGUAUACCAGAGCCGCAAAUAUGUUCAAGAUGGCCAAGAACUGGAGUGCUGCAGGAAAUGCAUUUUGUCAAGCUGCCAAGCUCCACAUGCAGCUUCAGAGCAAACAUGACUCUGCUACCAGCUUUGUGGAUGCUGGAAAUGCUUACAAGAAGGCAGACCCUCAAGAGGCUAUCAACUGCUUAAAUGCAGCCAUCGACAUUUACACAGACAUGGGAAGGUUUACGAUCGCAGCCAAGCAUCACAUCACGAUCGCAGAGAUCUAUGAGACUGAGCUUGUGGACAUUGAGAAGGCUAUUGCACAUUAUGAGCAAUCUGCUGAUUAUUACAAAGGAGAAGAAUCUAACAGCUCUGCUAACAAGUGUCUGCUGAAGGUGGCAGCCUACGCGGCACAGCUGGAGCAGUAUCAGAAAGCCAUCGAGAUCUACGAGCAGGUAGGAGCAAACACUAUGGAUAACCCCUUGUUGAAGUACAGUGCAAAGGAUUACUUCUUCAAGGCAGCACUCUGUCAUUUUAUAGUGGAUGAGCUGAAUGCCAAGCUUGCUCUUGAAAAAUAUGAGGAAAUGUUUCCAGCAUUUACUGACUCCAGAGAAUGUAAAUUAUUGAAAAAACUUCUAGAAGCCCAUGAAGAACAGAACAGUGAAGCCUACACUGAAGCAGUGAAGGAGUUUGACUCAAUAUCACGCUUGGAUCAGUGGCUGACCACCAUGUUGCUUCGCAUCAAGAAGUCCAUCCAAGGGGAUGGAGAAGGGGAUGGAGACCUCAAGUGAAGUGCCGACAUCUUUGUGGCAUGCAGCUCAUCCCUCUUUAGUUUUGUCUUCAGGCAAAGCAAUCUUUCUGGGAUGCCCAUUUAAUGACUUAAUUUUGUUGUAAAUAAGCCACACAAUUUAUGUCAUAGUUUCAGCUCGCCAUGUCUGUGUUACUGUGAGAAUGGGAAGCUUCUAUUCAGUUUGUGGUUAUGACAGCCAAAGUAUAUAAUGCUUAUCAGAGUCCUCAUAGUUUUCUGAGAAGUACUGCCGAAUCUUAUUCCUGUUUCUCUGAUAUUUUCAGGGCCCAUGGUCAAUGUUGCCAUGUGUUUUUCCUUUUUUCCUAAACUCUGGUACUCAACCCAGUUUUAUAGAUGCUUUGCAAAGACAUUGUGCAAUGGUAUCUGGAUGGACCCUUUAUACAAGUGGUUUAGUUUAGGAUGGUUAUUAGGAAUAAGUUUUUAAUUCAGAUAGAAACUGUCUGGCUUUCUUUUAUAGUUAUUUUGAUGGUGCUAGUGAUGAAUUCAUUUGCUUUUUAUUUUGCCCCAUAUGCUCACAUGUACAUAGCAAGCACUGAGAACAGCUGGGAUCUGUUGGCAUCACUUGCAUUAUAAGGGGAAGGAACUUGCUGGCAGGUUCUGUGGUCCUAUUUAUUAUAUGGAUGAAUGUCAAGGUGGAUUUCAUUGAUAAUAUAUUUUUUUAACUUACACAAUCUAUGAGAAAUGGAUUUUUUUUCCCUUACCAAGAGUUUCCACUUUUAGUCAUAAUGGAAAUCUCUUCAUAUUUGCACAGAAAUGUUAUAACUGGUAUCUCCUUUGUUCUCACACUUACACAUUCCUCACAUUGUCUUCUGGGCCAUGGUCAUGCCAAGCUUGAGCAGAGCUGGACAGAAGAUUCCAACUGAAGCUUGAGAAUGUGUGGUUAGUGUCUGUACGGUGGACAUAGUAGUUAAGUGGGAGUCAGUGUGGCAUGUGUUUGUUAUAUCUGGUUGGAUAAGAACCUUACCUAUGUCUGAUGGUCCCUGGUUUAUUCUUAACUGAAGUGACUUCACGUGUAUGUACGAGUUCUCUUGUCCCAUUUGAUUUAUAUAAGAUGUAUUCAGAUUUUGACUCUCCCUGCUACUUUACAUGCUGCCACAGUACUGUAGACAUGGUCUUGCUUCCUGAGUUGCCUGUGCAUUUGUAUGCUGAGAUGACCUGUGCUUAAAGAGCAUGUGUCCCUAGAAGUACUUCCUAGUCCUAAUGCACUGCUGUCAUGUGACAGACAGGUAUGAAAUGGCCCUGGCUGGAGUAGGGUUGGCGGCACGAACUAUGCAGUAGAGUAGCUAUGCCAGGACCAGGGUUAAAGGAGGAGAGCUUGAGGACUGUUGAGAAAUUCAGAUCUUUCAGAAGUGAAAGUAGCAGGAUGAGAUUAGAGACAAGGUUCCUGCUCUUCCAGGGGGCCCAAGUUUGAGUCCCAGCCACCCAUAUUGAGUGGCCCCAAAUCACCUGUAACUCCAGUUCCCCCAUGAGUUCUGGGUACCCUCUUCUGCCCUCAAUAAGCACAUGCAUACGGAUAAACAUAUAUACAUGUAAAUGAAUAUAUACUACAUGUAGGCAAAACAUAUAUAAAAUAAUAAAUCAAUUUUUAAAAAUAUUUUUAAAGAAAAUAUUAGCAGGCAAUGAAGUUGAGAUUGGUCCCAUGAGGGCAGGUGGUAGGUCUCUGUCAGGCACUGUGAAGACUCUCUAGCCCUGACCUGGUGGUAAAAGGGUGUUUGUGCAGGGAACUCGGAGGCCUCCACAUGUCUGAAGAAUGUGCCCAAGAAUCUGAUGAUUAUUCCUUUUCCCUUCAAUGGUUUUUGGGGUUUAUUUUCUUUUCUCUCUUUGCACACCACGUCAGGGUUUCUCUGUGUAGCUUUGGAGCCUGUCCUGAACUUGCUCUGUAGACCAGGCUGGCCUCAAACUCACAGAGACCCGCCUGCCUCUACCUCCUGCAUUCUGGGAUUAAAGGCGUGCACCACCACCGCCUGGCACAUUUUUGGGGGUGUUCUGAAUGAUAGCUGGCUGUACCAAAGGUAAAAUUUGUACUUGAGCAUAGUAUAUCCUUCUUGACUCCAUUAGAAUCUCUUCUGCAGAGACAAACAGAAAAGUUAGUUAUUGGGCUAGAGAGAUACCUCAUCUACUGUUCCAGAGAAUCCGUGUUUAAGUCCCAGCAACCAUAUGAGGGACUCAGCUAUCUGUACCUCCAGUCCUAAGGGAUCCACCAUCCUCUUCUCGCCUCCACAGGCAUGCAUGUAGUACACAGACUUACAUGUAGACAAAACGCAUACACUUAAAAAUGAGUUUUUUUUUUUUAAAAAAAAACGGUUUAUAGAAAAGUGAGUUAUUGCUUUAUUCACAACUGGCUACAAGCAGCUGUGGAAGAGAGAUGUGUAAAUGGCUAGAAAUCAGUUCCAGUGGGAGAGCAUUUGAACACUGGCCAGUGUCUGUACUCUGCCUCACUACUUCAGUCCUCUGGUGUGAUGAUUUAAAAGCCACAUGGUAUCUUGUAAGACACUUUGGUUUACCUUUCAUCAUGAUUCCCUACCAUACCUAUCUAGAGAAGUGUUGGGUUUUUAAAGUAGUGUUUGUAUUCUUUCAGUUGUUUGCUUUUAGUAAAGUUAAUUGAGUGCUUGAGCAAGCAUCAUAGACACUUAUAAUCCUAUAGUAUUUAAGAGGAUAGAGUUGGAGAAUUGCUUUGAGUUUGAGGCCAGCCUAGGUUACCCAGUGAAUUCCAGGCCAGCCUAGGUUACAAUGGGAAUCCUUAUCUCAAAAAACAAACCAAAACAAACAAAAAAAGGAAAGGCUGAGACCAGUCAGUGCUUGGGUUUGUUUUGUCCCAGCACUUGGGAGGCUGAGGCAGAAGAGCAUAUUUCCAGAAUAGACUAGAAUAAACACUGUAGCAAGACCACCUAAGAACAGACCUGACAGAAGGUAAAAGAAUGAGGAAAAAAUCUAGACAGAAGUAUGCAAGCUUACUUUCUCCAAAUGUCCUGUGGACACAGGGCAGUGCAUUGUCUCAAGAUGCCUAGGUGUGGGCUUUCAAGGCCUCUAGAAUAUGAACAAAACACAAUGAUCAUUUGUUAUAGUUCUCAUACUUGAGAGCAUCUGGGGAUAGUUCAUAGUUAUGUCAGUUGAAAAGCUUUGCUUUUGUGGCAACAUUUUUAUAGCUUGUGUGAAUUCCUUUUUUAUUUAAUGAUAUAAAACAGUAUUUUUGCACAGUUGUAACCAUGUGUGGUGGUGUCACUAUAACCAAAGUAUAUGCACCAACCCUUGUGCAUUUAUUGUUCCCUCUGAUGUUGUGCAUUUAAAAUGUCCAAAUACAAACCUUUGUGACUGUGGAGGAUCUGGCAGCACAGCAUGCCCGUGACCUGCCUGCUGCAGUGUGAACUAUGACCAGUAGCAGGCCCUGUGAUGUCCUGAGUUGCUCUCAGGCAAGGGAGUACAUUAUAAAACUAACCAUGUAAUAAUAAGUCUACCUUAGGUGAAAGGAUGUUUUAUGUGAACUUGUACAGUAAAUAAAGUGGAAAUUAUCAAUAA